GUCCUUUGAAACGGAGCUUAGGUUAGAACCAGCAGCUUUGCUCUCCACUCCAUAUUCGAGUUUGAUUCAGAACUGCAGCAAUGGAGGUCGCAGCUAAUGUGGAAGACGGCAAGGCUAGAAGUGAUGUUUUGCUCUUUAACCGAUGGACUUACGAUGACGUUCAGGUUCCUGAUCUUUCUGUGGAAGAUUACAUUACUGCUACUGCUUCUAAGCACCCAAUCUACAUGCCCCACACAGCUGGGAGGUACCAAGCUAGGAGGUUCAGGAAGGCUCAGUGCCCAAUUGUGGAGCGAUUGACCAACUCCCUCAUGAUGCACGGGCGAAAUAAUGGUAAAAAACUGAUGGCGGUUCGCAUUGUCAAGCAUGCAAUGGAGAUUAUCCAUCUGUUAACUGAUGCCAAUCCCAUCCAAAUUAUUGUCGAUGCUGUCAUUAACAGUGGACCGAGAGAAGAUGCAACUAGGAUUGGAUCUGCUGGUGUUGUCAGACGUCAAGCUGUUGAUAUCUCACCUCUAAGGCGUGUCAACCAGGCUAUCUAUCUUCUAACCACCGGUGCACGCGAGAGUGCAUUCAGAAAUGUCAAGACUAUUGCUGAGUGCCUUGCAGAUGAGCUAAUCAACGCUGCCAAGGGUUCUUCAAACAGCUAUGCAAUUAAGAAGAAAGACGAGAUCGAGAGAGUUGCCAAGGCCAAUCGUUGAGGAAGUGCUGUCCGGUUUGUUUCUGGUAGCUUUAUUUUGGGAUAUCUCAUGAGGAACAAUUACAAAAAAACAAGUGUCUUAUUGUGGAUUUUGAGUUAGAUUUUCUGUAUUUGUUUUUGGUGCCCUCGUUUAAUCUUUUUAUGCAUCAAAUACUAUUAAGUCAAGAGAUAUUGUUGUUAGUCGUUUUUUUCUACCUAUAAUUUAAGCGUUAUUCUAGAUCUAAAUCCUUACAGAGUGGAAACUUCGAUAAUUCUAAAGGAAACCACCUUAGAGUC